AUGUCUGAGUCCCCGAGUCCAAUCAGAGUCGCCAUCCUCACAGUGAGCGACACCGCCGCCGCCGACCCCGUCGCGGACAAGUCCGGGCCUACUAUCAAGGAUAUCCUCGCCCGGAGGGGCUACGAAUGUAUCCUCGAGCUCAUCGUGCCCGAUGAUGAGAGCCGCAUACGCGAAAUUGUGCGGGAGUGGUGCGACCAGGGCGCCGACUGGGUCAUCACCGCUGGUGGCACUGGUUUCGGUGUGCGGGACAGGACGCCAGAGGCUAUCCGUCCCCUGCUUGAGCGCGAAGCACCAGGGCUUGUACACGUCCUCCUCUCCUCGUCUCUUCGGCAUACGCCCCUCGCAGCCCUCUCUCGCCCGGUCGCCGGUACGGUCAAGAACACCCUUGUCGUGACCCUACCUGGGAGUGUCAAGGCCGUGCGGGAGAACCUGGAGGUGCUCCUCGCCAACGGUCUCGUCGAGCAUGCAGUCGACCUCAUCAAAGGCGGUACUGGGAACCGUCUGCACACUGAGCUCACAUCAACUUCGUCCUCGGAAGAGCGUAUGCUGCACCAGAUUCACCACCACCACCAUCAUCAUCAUGACCAUGGCCACAGAACGCCCCAGCCGCAGACGACGUUGUCACACGACCCGUCGCAGGCGGUAUCAUCCCGUCACCGAGAAUCACCAUACCCGCUGGUUUCGGUCGAGGAAGCAAUCACCUUAAUUUUCCAGCAGCUGAGGCCUCUCGCGUUGCAAGAAAAACAGGUCGACCCGCAGCUGAGGGGACAUGUACUAGGCGAGGACGUAUAUGCCGCGCAAGACGUCCCGCUGACGUACACGACCAGCGUCGACGGCUACGCCUUCCGCUCAACGGACCCGCCUGGCAUAUACAGAGUCGCGAGCUCGCAGACGCACUCGACGUCGGACCUGCUGCCGCCCGACUCGAUCUACCGCAUCAACACGGGCGGGCCGCUCCCCGCGGGCACCGACGCCGUGAUCAUGGUCGAGGACACGCGCCUGCACAGCACGUACAAGAACGAGCACGGGGAGGACGUCGAGGAGAAGGAGGUCGAGACGCUCGCGCAGGUGCCCAAGGGGGAGAACAUUCGGGACCCCGGGUCCGACGUGUCCAAGGGCGACCUCGUCCUCGAGAAGGGGCAGAUCCUGCAUAGCGCGGGGGGCGAGAUCGGCACACUGGCGUUCGUCGGACGCACGAAGGUUUGGGUGCAUAUGAAGCCCGUAGUCGCCAUCUUGAGCACCGGGAACGAGCUGCUUGACCUGCAGUCGCCCACGCCGUUCGAGGGCGAUGGGUGGGGUGGCAUUUGGGAUACUAAUCGUCCCUCCCUCCAAGCCGCGCUCGAAGGCAUGGGUUACGAGGUCAUUGACUUGGGCAUCGUGCCCGACGACAUCGCUUCACACGUUGCUGCGCUGAGACAAGGGCUAACAUCCGCGGACGUGAUCCUCACAACGGGCGGCACGUCGAUGGGCGCGAGCGACCUCCUGAAGCCUGUCAUCGAGCGGCAUCUCGACGGGACGAUCCACUUCGGGCGCGUCAAGGUGAAGCCAGGCAAGCCGACGACCUUCGCGACGAUCCCGACGCCCACAGGCCGCAACGAGCGCGUACCGCUUUUCGCGCUCCCGGGCAACCCGGCGUCUGCGCUUGUCACCUUUAACGUCUUCGUGGUCCCCGCUCUGCGUCGCUUGGGCGGGUGGCCUGUGGAACGAUGCCAGCUGCCCCGCAUCCGCGUGCAGAUACAUGAUGUGAUGCGCCUUGAUCCCCGCCCUGAAUUCCACCGUGUGGUCAUCAAAGCUGGUCCGACUGGCUUGAAGGCGUACAGCACGGGCGGACAGCGCUCGAGCCGCGUCGCGAGCCUGAACGGGGCGAACGGCUUGGUCGCCCUCCCGGCGCGUAGGAUCGACGGGCCUGACAGAGUAGUGGCGGGCGAGAGCGUCGAGGCGGUCGUGAUAGGGGAGCUACAAAUCCAGUGA